AUGCUGCCCUGGCGCCGGAGCAAGUUCGUGCUGGUGGAAAAUGAACGUAAGUGCAAAGGGAAGAGCCUGGGCCCCGGGCUGGGCUACGCCUCGCUGCUGGCCAGCUUCUUGCGCUCCUGCCCGGACCUGCUGCCCGAGUGCCCGCUGGAGCGCCUGGGCAGCGUUUUCGGCGGCCGGCGGCAGAAAGUGGAGCUGAACAAGGAGGACCCGACGUACACGGUGCGGUACCUGGGCAACGCCGUCACGCUGCACGCCAAGGGCGAGGGCUGCACGGAGGAGGCGGUGGGCAAGAUCUGGGCCAAGAGCGAAGCCGGGGCCGGGGGGGCCAAGAUGAAGCUGACGCUGGGGCCCCACGGCAUCCGCAUGGCGCCCGGCGAGAAGGGGGCCCGCCGGCCGGGCCACGCGUACCUGCUGCACCGCAUCACCUACUGCGCGGCCGACCGGCGGCACCCCAAGGUGUUCGCGUGGGUCUACCGGCACCAGGUGAAGAACAAGGCGGUGGUGCUGCGCUGCCACGCCGUCCUCGUCCCCAAAGCCGCCACGGCGCGCGCCAUGGCCCUGCUCCUCUUCCAGACCUCCGCCUCCGCCUUCAACGAGUUCAAGCGGCUCAAGAGGCAGAACGACGUCCGCCACGUCCAGCAGCAGCUCCUGGGCGAAGCCAUCGUCCCCCUGGUGCCCCUGCGCAAGCUGCUCAACGCCAAGUGCCCCUACCGCCCGCCGGCCGAGCGGGCCCGCUGCGCCCCGCGCCUCAGCUCCAUCUUGGAGGAGGACGAGGAGGAAGCCAUGGGCACCGGCUGCGGGCCGAGGGGCGACGGAGGCCUCGGCGAGCGAGCCGCCGUGCUGCGGCUGGCCAGGGAGAUGCGGGGGUGCAGCCUGCGUGGCCCUCGCCCCCCCUUGUGCUGA